CGCCAUAGUCACCGUAGUCCUGGCGACUGUUACCCAUCAACAACAACUACUCCUCUCCUCCUCCUCCUCCUCUUCCUCCUCCUCCUCCUCCCCACCACCACCAUCUCCAUCACCCACCAACAACACCACAAUAAUCCACAGCCAAGAGACCAUCAUGCAGACAUCAGAGACUGGAUCAGACACAGGUUCAACAGUGACUUUACAAACAUCUGUGGCUAGUCAAGCAGCAGUGCCUACGCAGGUGGUACAGCAAGUACCAGUACAACAACAGGUACAGCAGGUACAGACUGUGCAGCAGGUACAACAUGUCUAUCCAGCUCAGGUGCAGUAUGUGGAAGGAAGCGAUACUGUCUAUACCAAUGGAGCAAUCCGAACAACAACUUAUCCUUACACAGAGACGCAGAUGUACAGCCAAAACACUGGAGGGAAUUACUUUGAUACUCAAGGUAGUUCCGCACAGGUGACUACUGUGGUCUCAUCCCACAGUAUGGUGGGCACUGGUGGGAUUCAGAUGGGCGUCACAGGAGGACAACUCAUCAGCAGCUCUGGAGGAACCUAUCUGAUCGGCAAUUCAAUGGAGAAUUCUGGUCACUCAGUGACACACACAACUCGGGCCUCCCCAGCGACAAUUGAAAUGGCGAUUGAGACGCUGCAAAAGUCUGACGGUCUGUCCACUCACAGAAGCUCUCUUCUCAACAGCCAUCUCCAGUGGCUGUUGGACAAUUAUGAGACAGCAGAAGGAGUGAGCCUUCCCAGAAGCACUCUAUACAACCACUACCUUCGACACUGUCAGGAACACAAACUGGACCCAGUCAAUGCUGCCUCUUUCGGAAAAUUAAUAAGGUCAAUUUUUAUGGGGCUACGAACCAGGAGAUUGGGCACUAGAGGAAACUCCAAGUACCACUACUACGGGAUUCGUGUCAAGCCAGAUUCCCCUCUUAAUCGUCUGCAAGAAGACAUGCAGUAUAUGGCUAUGAGACAACAACCCAUGCAGCAGAAACAAAGGUACAAGCCUAUGCAGAAAGUGGAUGGGGUUGCAGAUGGUUUCACAGGAAGUGGUCAACAGACAGGCACAUCUGUUGAGCAAACUGUAAUUGCCCAAAGCCAACAUCAUCAACAGUUUUUAGAUGCAUCUCGAGCACUUCCAGAGUUUGGAGAAGUUGAAAUCUCUUCUUUGCCAGAUGGUACUACCUUUGAGGAUAUCAAGUCACUGCAGAGUCUUUAUCGAGAGCACUGUGAGGCAAUAUUGGAUGUUGUUGUGAAUCUUCAAUUUAGCCUGAUAGAAAAAUUGUGGCAAACAUUCUGGCGCUAUUCUCCCUCUACUCCAACUGAUGGCACUACCAUUACUGAAUCGAGCAAUCUGAGUGAAAUAGAAAGUCGACUUCCGAAAGCAAAGCUGAUAACUCUGUGCAAACAUGAGUCUAUCCUGAAAUGGAUGUGUAACUGUGACCAUGGGAUGUACCAGGCUUUGGUGGAGAUUCUCAUCCCCGACGUCCUUAGACCUAUUCCUAGUGCCUUGACCCAAGCCAUUCGAAAUUUUGCAAAAAGCCUUGAAGGUUGGCUUUCCAAUGCCAUGAACAAUAUUCCACAGAGAAUGAUACAAACCAAGGUUGCCGCUGUAAGUGCCUUUGCCCAGACUCUGCGAAGAUACACAUCGCUCAAUCACCUGGCCCAGGCAGCUCGUGCAGUGCUUCAAAACACUUCCCAAAUCAACCAGAUGCUCAAUGACCUCAACCGUGUCGACUUCGCCAAUGUCCAGGAGCAGGCUUCCUGGGUAUGCCAGUGUGAUGACAACAUGGUUCAGAGACUAGAAACAGACUUCAAGAUGACUCUUCAGCAGCAGAGCACCCUGGAGCAGUGGGCUGCAUGGCUUGACAAUGUGAUGAUGCAAGCACUAAAACCCUAUGAAGGAAGACCCAGUUUUCCUAAAGCCGCCAGGCAAUUUCUGCUAAAAUGGUCUUUCUACAGCUCAAUGGUUAUUCGGGACUUAACCUUACGCAGUGCUGCUAGCUUUGGCUCCUUCCACCUGAUUCGUCUACUCUACGAUGAAUAUAUGUUUUACUUAGUAGAACAUCGUGUUGCUCAGGCAACAGGAGAGACUCCUAUAGCAGUCAUGGGUGAGUUUGGUGAUUUAAAUGCCGUGUCUCCUGGAAAUCUGGAUAAAGAUGAAGGCAGUGAAGUAGAAAGUGAAAUGGAUGAAGAACUGGAUGACUCUUCAGAGCCUCAAGCCAAAAGAGAGAAAACAGAGCUGAGCCAGGCAUUUCCAGUGGGCUGCAUGCAGCCUGUUCUCGAGACUGGCGUGCAACCAAGCCUCCUGAAUCCAAUUCACAGCGAGCACAUUGUCACAAGUACUCAGACUAUCAGACAGUGCAGCGCUACAGGAAAUACCUACACUGCAGUCUAAAGAAUAUUAAAGCGUAUUUUUCCAGCUUAAAUUACCCCUGUUGAUAUUGGGCUUAAGUUGAAAAUUUAAUAAGCCUGAAGGUCGACUGUUGUCGAAUUCUAUCUGUGCUGAACAUUAACUUUUUGGAGUUGUGAAAUGGAAUGGGUGUAUGUAUUUUGGCAGGUCUUUUUAUUUUUAACGUAAGCAAAUUAUUUGCCUCUUAAUAAUGAAUUUUUUCCCUUAGUUUCAGGUGUCAAGAAGGAUUUUUACAACACUUAAUGUCAAUGUUUUGUUUUCUUAAAAUUAAAAAGUAAUUUACAUUUUUUGUAGCUUAAAAUAUUUUAUUGUUGAUUGUUAGUCUUGGUGUAUGAUUUCAUGUGUAAGUUUUUUAAUUAGAUGCACUUCUGUGAAAUAUCAAAAGAAAUGAAUUUUUUUGAUUUACACUGGAGGCAUGCCCAUUUGGCAGCAGAUGCAUCAAAUUUGCUUUUGAAAGGUGCUUUUCAUUGGACAGAACCAUAAGACACUAUUUUGAUAACAUUUUGAGUACGGAGAGAGAAUACAGAGCAUUUUUAUUAUAGUGCUAGAGGGUUUGGAAGGUCAUCUAUUUUUCUCUGAGGAAAAAUUGAGCUGUGCAUUUAUCAGUUCAGAGUAAAUGACAGAAUUGCAAGAGAUUAUGCUAAUAUGUACGUAAUUUGUGUACAUAAUUAUUAAACCAUGUUAACAAUGCAAGCUUCCGUUAAACAUGGAAUUGUAACUAUUAUUUGCAUACCAAUUCCUCCGUUUAAAGACUACUGAUUCUGUAUUUGGGACCACUGCACAGGUGCAUUCUGCUGUUAAGUGGGGGCUGUUAGAGUUAAUACUGAAGCAGAAAAAAAUGACUUGACUUUUUUUUUUUAAGUGUACAUGCUACUUAUGCUGAGCUGGACAUACAGGAAACCAUUCCAUUUGGAUGACUUUCUUUUAUUCCAGGUCUUUUUCCUAAUAGUAGUUCAAUAUGCUGCUAUUAUAAAAGAAAAUUUAUAGAAUGCAAGGAAUGUAGCAACCUACAUAACGUUAUUUCCUUCAAAACUAUUUCCUGGUUUCUAAAAUAUGUGGAUUUAAAUUGUAAACAGAACCUGAAGGCAGUGUAACUGGCACACCUCACUGUUACUUAUCCCCGAUUCUGUAGGAUUUGGAUAGGUGGCUGGAUGGACCAUUGCCAUUGAAGAAUGUACAUCAGGGAUCAUCGUACCUCGGCUAUUACAUGGUGCCUUAAAACAGAACUGAAGCUAAGGUUUAGUAAGGUUUAUUUUGUUCAUGUGAAUAACUCUUCAAUCCAUUUGACAAAGUGUGCCUGUCAUUUUCAGAUUCCCGAAGUAAGGACAGGUGACAUGUUCUUCAAAGGAAAUUUAGGGAAAGCAAAGCAAAACAAAAAGACAAAAAUCAGUUUCCCCCUUUGAGUGACCGUGAAUCUAUUUUUUAUUCUUAGAGCUGCAUAUUUGCUUAAGGGUGUGGAAUAGCAGGCUAGUUUUAAUACCAACUUGUUACAUAAAGUCAUAUAUGUUUUAGACCAUUCUUAUCUAGUUACCGUUUUAGAAAGUUAACAGAGUAAGCAGAUACUUAUCGAAGUGCAUCUUUUCAGUCUAAAUGUUUGUCUGUGUGUCUAGGUGCCGGUGUGUCCACAUGCACACAUGAGUGCCCAUGGGGCAGGAGUCUGCUACAAAGUCAGAAGGUGAGAUCCUAGAGAGUUACACCCAGUCCUAUUUUAAUUUGCAUGAACAGCCAAGGUUCUUUUAAGCCCUCAAAUUAUUUAAUGAUUAAAACACAAAAAGGCACAUCUGUUCAUUUAAAUAGUUGUAAAAUACUAAUCAGCAAAAAUAGAGAAUAAAGCCAAAAAAAAAAAAGCACAAAUUGAUUCACAGAUUAUUAAUGAGGCCUAUAUUAAACCCAAGAUGUUUAUCUUUCCAGUUGUGUUGGGGCAGGGGGGUGGGGGGGUUGGAAAGAAGAGGUGAGCUAGUCUGUAAAGUUAGAAAUACCAAAUGGCUUAUCGGGUAAUACACGGUGUAUUUAAGCUGUUGUUGCUUGGUUGCCUCAGACUAUUCAAAUAACAUCAACAACAUUUCUUAAGUAAAAUUUAAAUAUUAGAUGUAAUUUUGAAAACAGAUGCAAAUUUUUUAUUAUACAACUCAUAUAUUUGAAAGUCUUCACUAGCAUAGUAGCAUCACCUUCAUCUAAAUAUCAUUUAAAUUACCGUACCUCUUUUUCUUCCCAAAAAGAUAAUGGAUUUGUACCAAAACACACACACAAAAGGCAGACAAAACAUGGUAAGCUGCAAAAGAUCAUGUAUCUACUUCAUUGUGCAUAGGAAGUGUUUACAGGUAAAAUUAAAAUCAAAAAUUGAAAAGACACUCUUCAUUUUGGCUCUCCUUUCUGAAUGUUUUCAGUUUCCUGUCUCUACCCGCCAUCCCUUGAAUGAUACUAUGUAUUGGACCAAAUGUAUUUACUGGUUUCAUUUUGUUUAUUGAAUGACUUUAAAUGUAUUUAUUAUCAUUGUUUCCUUUAAUUUAAUGUUGGAUAUAUUUGUACCGUUAGAGGAAUCUGAUAAUAAUGGGCAAAUUUAGAUUGAUGAGACUUAGGGACUGGGGAUGCUCUAGGAUUCAACAUUUCUUCCAAUUGUUCAUGGUUCUAAAUUAGGGCAGAUUAAAAUCUAAUAAACAUUAUCACAUUUGAACUUGACUCAAUAAAAAUAUUCUCAUCUCCUUUCUGAA